CGUCACAUCACGCUUGUCGUGGCUCCAUGGCCUUUCCGGUGCCUGAACAUUUGCCACGGAAUGCCUUCUCGGGGAAGGAGUCCUUCUCGAGCUCGGAAUCAAACCACUGGGACGCGACAAUAUCUGACAUCUCCAAUCUGUCGUGGGAUGCGUUGACACCAGAACGAGCGUCGCUUUGGGUCAUUGAACUAACGAAUCAAAUAAGCGCUACUCGAGGUCUUAUUAGGUCCAAAAUCAAUGAAAAUCUCCCAGACUUUGACAGACAGCUCCAAGCAGCCCUCAGUAUUCAGUCACGCAUCGAGGAUCUAACAGUAACAACGGAAAGAUUGACGUCUGCUUUGCAUGAUGAAACUACUGGUCUUUCACCAUCUUUGCGAAGAACUUUCAUCGCCCAUGAGGCUGCAGCGCAAGAAGCCAAGGAUGCAGAAGUACUAGCUGCCGCUACAACACACUUGCUCACAUGCAGAGACGAGAUGCGCCGUCUGUCUUCCCUUGUCUCUGAUUCCCAAUUGUUGGAUGCCGUCGUAACAUCUCGUGCGUUGGCUGCAUUAUUGUCAAAUGCCCCGAAGCCACUUCCGAGUACCCAUGUUUUUCGGGAGUUGCAGAGUCGAGCUAGAGCCUUGAAGGACACGACGUUAGAACAAUUGGACGACGCUUUCUCUGGAGCUGUAGCGGUCUCGACUUCGUCGUCCAAUGAAUCAAUAACUAUCCUCAGUGAUAUUUCCCUCUCUUCUACAAACAAAUCCAUUUCUUUCACCGACUUGUGCAAGGCAAUGGAUGAAGAUUCAAUUUUUGCAAAACUCAUCUCAUUGCGGAAAUCAGUCAUGUCCCAUUUUGUUCCCCCAAUCCUCAAGCGCACACAUGUGGUAGUUAUUGCUGAGAACACCUUGACCCUCGAUUGCAAACCAGCGAGCGAGCCCAUACAUCACCUUUCUGCGUUAGUGGAGUUCCUCGGUCUGCGUCUAUUUCAGAUCCUACCCCCGAGACAGGCUGAACAAGCUGUCAAGGACCUGUCGUCGCCGUGCUUAUCAUCAGUUCUCGAAUCUUUCCAGUCUGAAAUCCCGAGCUCUGUUGGUCAACUACCUAGGUACAUUGACUUCGUGCAGACCGGCGUCCUAUUCGAAGAAACCCUUAAUGCCUUGCGAAAAAAGUACAAUACCAAAGACACAUUGCGCACUUCCAGAAUUCUCGUAGAAUGGGCCAUUUCACUUCCGUACCACUACGAAAAAAAGCGUCGACAGGUCAUAUUGGAAGAUGCACGGAGGAUCAUUGUUGAUGAACGGAAGCUCGCAGGUGUAUCUGCGGAAAAAAGGGAUUCGCGUACCUCCCAACCUCUAGAUGCAACGGAGUCGGCUCCCAAUGGUUCAAGGAUGGCGUCCGGUGGUACUUUGGUUUCUGUAUCACAGGUCCUUGAAGGGUCUACCCCACCCGAGCCAGUCGGUGACAUACCGGACGAAGACGACGGUUGGGGCUUCGAUGACGAAGAACUGGGACGAGCGGCCGAUGGAGCCUCAGACCCGGCCAACUCUUCGCCUGGGGCCGCUGGUGAAACAGCUCCGGAGACGAGUGAAGUUGAUCCUUGGGACGAUGACCCUUGGGACGACCCUUCGAAUACAGAACCACCAUCUGUGGACCCUGAGGCUUUAAACAUAGCCGCACCAACAAUCCCACUCGAAAAGGCGACAAGGGGGGUAGACAAGUACGCAGGGAAAAUGACAGCCCGUUUUAACUCAUCCGCGUCGUCAUUUGGAUCGUCGGAACCUAACCCGGCCCCAAGUCUGUCACGAACUCGAAGAAAUGGUACACCUUCUGUCUCGAAAUAUAUGGUGUCUGAAUGCGCUCGAAGUCUACUUACGCUUUGCGGAAGCGUUAUCCAAGAAAGUUAUGAAUUAUCGACUUUGGGUCUUUUCCCCAUAGCUGGGACGGCGGGCGACAAUUCGAACGUUGGGUCCGUCAUAGAAAGCGCCAUCGCUUCGCUCUGCGAUCUGUUCCGUGCGGUAUAUCCGGUAACGCAUGCCUCCAAAAUGAGAGCAUCAGCUGCACUGCGCGUUCGAUUCUCGAAUGAUUGCUCGUAUCUCUCGGAGGGGAUAGAAAAGAUUUUGCUAGAUGAACCCGUAGGACUCCGGCGAACAGAUGUUGCAACGUUGUCGGUUGUCAGCGCUGACUUAAAACGAAUGGGCAGAAAGUAUCUCGGGGAUUGUUUGUCCGAACAAAAAGGGGCUGUAUCCAAUUUACUUAACCAAGCGGAAGGGUUUGAAGAGACAGGGGAUGACACGCGUUUUUCGGCUUGCGAGAGCGUUGUCAACAGUAUAUUGCUUCGAGUCAAUGCAAUCGCGCAGGAUUGGAAGUUCACGUUGGCACAGUCGACUUAUCUGGAAGCAAUUGGGGGUGUCGUCGAGGAGAUAUUGGCUUCAGUAUUAGAUGAUAUUCUCGCGUUGCCCGAUAUCCCAGAAAAGGAGUCGCAUCGGCUGAAUGAACUUUGUCAAAAGCUGGAGACCCUUAAAGAGCUUUUCGUCGUUGUUCCAGGAGAGGACACAGUGAUUGCCGCUCAUGUGCCUUCGUGGUUCAGAUUUGCAUAUUUGGCUGAACUUCUGGAGGCCUCAUUGGCGGAUAUCAAUUACCUAUUCGAUGGUGGAGCGCUAAUUGAUUUUGAGAUCAACGAGUUGGUGAAAUUAGUUCAAGGAUUGUUCGCGGACUCGCCUUUGCGAUUGCGGACAAUUGAGAAAAUUUUGCGAGGACAUCCCGGUGGCGUUCAGAGCGUUGGGGAGGGUUCUGCUUGAUUGGGGAGGGUGGGGACAUGUGUUCUGGCAUCUUCUCGACCUUAUAUGGGAG